CGCGCUUUUAGUUGACUGGAUUUUGGAUUUUAUAGAAUUUGUGAGAAAUUUUAGAAAAAAAAAGUUAGACAAUAUGGUGAUGUGGGCGAGUGUUCGAAAAUUUGGCGUUGUAGCUUUAGGUACUGGAGCCGGAUUAGGGGCUUAUUUCUACCAGCGUGUGAAAGAGCCACAAAAUACGGUGCUUGCUUCGUGGACAAAUAGCGACAAACCGGUUAAUCCUUGCGCAUUGUGGGACAGCAACUGGGAUUGUCGCAGUCCAAAGAGUCUGGUGAAGCCUAUGAAAAACGAUACACCACAAGAACAAAAUCGCUACAAUAGUGAAUUGGAAAAGUCUUGCCCCAAACCAGCCAGGCACAUUAUACUCAUUAGACAUGGGGAAUACUUCGAUGCUGGCGAUAGUGAUGAGACACAUCGUCUCACUGAAAGAGGUCGUCUACAAGCCAAGUACACCGGAAAAAGACUUGACGAAUUGGGAAUUAAAUGGAAUAAAGUUAUAGUUUCGACAAUGACUAGAGCCCAAGAAACAGCAGAUAUUAUCUUGAAUGAGAUAAGUUUUAAUUCAAAAGAUGUUAAACAUUGUCCUUACAUAAGAGAGGGUGCACCCAUACCACCACAACCACCAGUGGGUCACUGGAGACCAGAAGAAUCGCAGUUCUUCCGUGAUGGUGCACGAAUUGAGGCCGGCUUUAGACGUUAUUUUCACCGUGCUGAUCCCAGUGAAAAGAACGAUACCUAUACUCUGAUUGUGGGACACGGAAAUGUUAUUCGUUAUUUUGUUUGUCGUGCUCUACAAUUUCCACCCGAAGCCUGGUUGAGAAUUAAUAUUAAUCACGCUUCCAUUACCUGGUUGACUAUACAGCCAUCUGGAAAUGUUUCCAUAAAGUAUUUGGGUGAUACCGGUUUCAUACCAGCUCCGUAUUUAACUCAUCGCAUACCACGUGAUACUAAAAAUGUUGUAUAACAUGCCAUGUUUCCACUCAUACAAAAAUGGAAAAGUUAAAGUUUUAUUAUAUUCCAAAUUUGUUCUAAAAAUGUUAAACAUUGUUUCCUAAAUGCAGUCUACAAUAUUUGUUCAUUUUAAAUAGAUUAGAAUUAAUAAAGGUACUUAAAGUAAAUAAAUUUAAAUUAAAGUUGUCAAAACAAAUUAUGUAAUGUAAGAAUAAAGCCAUUUUAAACUGAAAUAUAUACUAAAGUAUUCAACAUUUAAACAA